CCUGCUUUCUUCGAGUUGCUUUUGAAAUUACAACCAAUACAAUCAAGGGCGCCAGCUAAACUUUCCACAAUGGCGCAUUCCGUCUGCCGACUCCCAGUCACCCAGCUCUCCCACAAUGUCCUUGUCUCUUCCUUUGAGAAAGCCGGAAGUACUCAGCCCUCAAGGCCAUCUCAACCCUCAUUUUGCGGCAGCUUGCAAAAUAGUGCGGCCCCUUGGGGCAUUGGUUUGCACAGGAGAGCAGGUAGUUUCUCCCUGCAUGCAGUUGGUUCAGAGCAACAAUCUGUGUCUCAAGAAGACAAGCAACAGGAGACCCCGCCGCCGUCACGACCUCUGCAAUAUGGGUCCCGGCUAGAGCGUCUUAUGCCUGAGAAGGACAUCUUGCAAAAGGCGGAAGAGGAGAUGAGUGAGAAGUGCACGACACUUGAAGGCGACGAAGCGUACAACUGCUGGCAAACAGUCUUUGAGUUUGAGGAUGACAAGGCCACAGCACAGAGAGAGUGCAUACUCGCAGCCCCCGGGGAAAAGCAGCAGGCGUGCGGCCCCCUCGAGAGCCUCCAGACCCUCGUCCGCGAGGGGUCCGCCCAGGGCGUGUCCGCCGUCCUCGCAAACAUCCGAGCGGCCUCGCAGAGCAAAAAGGCGCGCCGCGCAUCAGAUGCCAAAAAGGCUGCAGCGGCAGUGGAAAGCAAGCCGACUCUAGCGAAGGGGAAGGCGAGGAAGACGGAAGCCGAUAGGGCCGAGUUUGAGGUUCCGGGGGGGAGGACGGCAGCGGCGAUGGCGGGGAUUGAAGACCCCCGGAGCGAAGCGAGCUCAGAGGAGUGGGAGAACCAGGCGGCGGAGGCGGCGGCGGAGGGCAUGGAGGACCGGCUACGCAGGGCGUCCGCUGACGAGGAUGAUGACGAUGACAAUGACGACCUCUCUGCUGUGAGACGGGCCCUCAAAAAGCGGGGCUUGUCUGGUACGUGGCUACAUGGAGAGAACGUCUGAAACAGUCUAAUUAGUUGUGUAUAAAUCAUGAGUCCUUGACACUGCCGUGAAGUACAUACGGAGACAGUGCUCAUCUGAGAGGUGGUAAUUCAGCAGGGUUUGUACAUUUGUGUAGUUCAUCUUGGGAGAUUGUAGAUAAUUGAUAACAGUGCAACUGCGGCCUAGAAAAUCUAGUUUGCAAGCGACCCUCCACGCCUGCUUUUAGAGUCUGGAUGAGCUGCAUCAUGUACAGGUUGUGUAAGUUGUGUAGAGUCCGGAAGGAGAGUUCACACAGUUGAAGUCAGCAAGCCGUGCAGUGAAAACGUGCCAACUGAGCGGCUGCUGUGGAAGACGCACCGACCAAGCCGGACGAUAACAUGCGUUUGGUCUUGAGGAACAGGGUUGCUUAGACGAGUGUGUCGGUGGCGAACUUGAACUCUAUUUCAGUUUUGAACUAGGCUAGCUAGAAACUAAACCCAAAAGGUAGGCAGGUUUGUUCACUGAUACGUGUACGGUGUUUUGUACGUUGUUUUGUACGUGGUCAGUUGCUUUCUUGGAUCUGUGGAGAGUAAGUGCCUCAAGUGUGCUUCGUGGAUCUGAUUGGGCAUGUCAGAGCAGACGUACGAAGGUAAAGCAGUCUGGUUCAGAUUCUGCAAUGUUGUGACGCGGGCAGCCCAACCUCAGCCCGCGUGUGGAGUAGAAAUUUCUGACAGUUGCCGC